AUGACAGCGUUGUUCUUGGAAAGUCUUUCUUCUAGUGUACAGGCGACGGCCACCUCACGCUUGGCCUCAUCGUCCCUCUUUCCCGGCACAUCCUCCUUGAUUGUACCGUCUGUGUCGUCGGGCCCUACUCUUCCUCUCACCUGCUCGGCAAUGGCUUUUGCUACUAUUUCGUCAGCAAACUACGCAUCUGCAUCUGACACAACUUCUACUUCACCUUCGGCCCUUAACUUGCCGUCUUGGCUAAUGUUGGCUUCCCAGAGGCCACGAGGAAGGGCCAGAGUGCGGCCAGUUGCAGGAGUUCUCUCGUGUAAAUAUUGCGGCAAGCAUUUCGUCGGUAGGACGGACCUGGAACGUCACAUCAGGACUCACACUGGCGAGCGCCCCUACAAGUGUCCCUUGUGUCCUUACAGUGCUGCACAGAAAGUCACUUUGAAAAUUCACCUGGAAGGCAAACAUAAAAUGGUUCCUGAUCAGGUCUUGAGUCCAACCACCUCUGCUCUCCCUCUUUACGGAAGCAAUAAGUAGAUUCCACUUCUCAGGAGUGUGAUGACUUCUAGAUAUCAAUAAUUGUAUAAGUAAGUUGCAGGAAAGCGAUUGUGCAAUCCCGUUAAGACUGAAACGAAAGGACUGAUUCGCGCCUUCUUCGUAGCUUGGAAAUUGCGAAGGAGAGGUUAUUUUAAUAAUUAACGUACCAGUUUAUUCAUGUCACACCUAUGUAAAUACGAGUGACAGAAGAGAAAUAUUAAGUAGCGUAUGCAAUGAUCUGUCGUCAAAUUCAAGUAACCCGAAUUACGUGUGUAAAGCUCUUAUAACUAUGCUUGUGGGCAUCACUGACCGAUACGUGUAUCUAAUGAGCCAUGCACCUGGAGUUCACGAGGUUAAUGUCGGUCCUAUUU